CACGGCUUCACUCGGAAGGAUAUAUUUGGUCUUCACCUUCACAGUGUUUCAUGAUGUCCGGAUCCCAGCCUCCCGCCCGGCGGCAGGAUCCUUUUGAUGCCUUUCGCUCCAACCUCAAAGGCACAUCCUUCGCGCCUUUCGAUACACUAAGCGCAAAACGCUGGAGUAAGACGCUAGCAGACAUCAAGAGCGGCUACUUUAAAUACGCCAGAUUGACCAACGGCCAACUCCCUGGAGAUGAUGUCUUGCGCGAGCAGUGGACAGACUGCAUAAGCCAUGCUUUGAUCAAUGACGAAUAUUUCCAAGACCUGGUCAUCGAGCACGCUCUAACCUCUACGUCAAGCUACGCGUUUAGCGAUCUCAACGCAAAACGCAACCAAAGCUGGUUGGCUGGAAUAUACCUUCCAGGAUUCUAUCACAAAUUUGGCAAUUUUUCGAAGGGUUGUGACCGUUUCCCUCCGGAGGUCAUCAAUCAAGCGAUUAAAUCAGCAGUAACAACCCUGGAAGCUAUUCUUAGCGAGGUGGCUAUUUCGGAGGGUGUUGCCGAAGAAUAUCAGGUUAUGCCGCGCAGUCGCACCACGAAUGAAUUCAUAGCGACCUUAUUUCAGAAGACUCAGAACGAGAAACACGGGAACAAUAUGCGGAUGAAUCUCUACGACAAUCUUCGAGCCUUCGGCGAUGCAACACAAUCAGCGGAGUUGGAAUCCUCGAAGUCAUGGCUCAUGCAAAAGUAUAGAAAUACUUUGAUCAUUAGGAAAGCGGACAGCCUGAUCGAUAAAUUUGGCUCCAAGGCCAUGGAAGUCCUGGAAGAGUGCGGCAAAUGCCCCGCUGUCGCGCAGAUGCCACGCUUGACAGAAGAAGAGAUCGCCAUGGUCAAGCAACUUCGGGACCGUAGUGCAAAGAAAGAAGAACAAAACAAAGCGGCAAAACCCAUGGAACCUAAGGGCAAGGGCGAGAGUGAGGCCCAAACCAUGGUACCGGAAUAUCAGUGGCUGCGUAUGGAGGUGACGAGAAGAUACUCGCGCCCCAUCUGUUACCCACGUUGGGGUAAGCCACUGGGCCAUAUCCUUACUGUUGACCAAAGUUAUCCACAUCCUAAGGUAAAGUCUUCUGAACUGGAAGACUUCUUGGAGGAGGAAACAAUCCUAUCUGAGUCAACAUCUGAUAUCCUUAAAAUGGCGGACGACAUUCUAAGUGGUCGCGAAGUUUCCUAUAAGGGAGCGGCUGCUCUAGAGCCUUCUCCAAACAUCGUGUCGAAAUGCGUUGAACAUAUCAAUAGUGAAACGAGACGCAAACUCCACAAAUCUUCAUGGGACAAGAUGAUACAGGAACUUGCGAGUAUCACUGCUCGUCCGGACGAAGCUCGUACAGCCACUAUUACUUCUUCCGUCUUUCAUGGUUUCCGUAAGACCAUGAUGCUAGACAACUGGCUUCACGUAAGAAAGCUUUUUCAAGCCAUCACAGUGCAUGUCAGUUCUCAAGGUCACGAUGAGGGUGGUGACAACGCUGGCAAUGACAGUGGAGACGAUACUCUUCAGUGCUGCAGAGAAGCCGAGAGACAGCUGGUGAUGGUACUUGCCGCCAUUGGUACUGGCGCUGAGGAUCCAUUGCCAUGGAUCCUGACUCUGGAUUACGUUUUGUGCAACAAUUGGAGAGCUAUUCAGGCACGGCUACACGAAAACCAUCUAAACCCUGAUUCGCCACUGCUCAACGUUCUGAUCAAGAUCUACAAUGAGCUUGUUCUCUUUGCCCAUGGAGCUGCUAUAGUUGCAGUCUUGCAGCGAACGCACUCUCAACAGCAAAGGAACCCAUUCGCUUGGUACGAGUCUAUUCGCAAAUUCAACUCCAAAUGUGCCGACACCGAUUGUACUCGCUUGCUUCCGAACCCGGAGCACAUCGCAGAACACCAGAUGUCCCGAAUUAAGACGUUUAUGUCUGUCGAGGCGUGUGAAGCACGCCUGGGUAAUUGCAGUGUCCGUUCAUUCAUUUCGAACAAUCGACAGAACGGUUACAACUGCCUCUCCGAACUUCUGGCCUUCUACACAAUGGACGAACAGCUCGUAAUCCUUGUCUUCUGGUACAACCACAUUUUCCACGCCGAAUGCUCGAAGCCAAGCCAAGGCGAGCUUCAGGUCAACUGCUUCUAACUUGAAGAUGAGAGCUUGGAUUGAACAGACUCAUUCACAAUCCGCCAAGGUAUAGCGAGUUUAAUGGUUGAGUCUGGUUGAGUGCGGAGACAUGAUGGCAUCAACAAGGAACUCUACAUGCACGAUGGAUAAAAUAAAUAAAACAAAUAAAAAAAAAUAAAGAUAAAACGAUCGAAAAAAUCGAAACUAAAUCCAAUGGGCCAAAAAAGAAUCUAAUAAUGCAAAGAAGAGUAAAAAAAGUCCAGUAAGAGCGGAAUUUAGAGUUUCCUCGCUAGAAACAACCUCCGGA